CCUUUUUAUCGGGCAAGAAAAUUCCCCUGCAUUUUCAUUUCACUAAGAACUUUUCAACUGGCCAGGAGACUGUCGCUACAAGAGUCCCGCGAAGCGCCAUCCCCCAAGGCCCUGCAUCUCUCUCUCUAGUCUUUACGCACGCAGACACGCAGCAGCUCUCUUCGAUGAGCAUGGGGCCUUGCGCCGAUGCUACCACGCUUGUUUAGGCGGAGCGGCGACCGACGCUCUGGCGAAGGCGGCGACCGACGCUCUAGCGUAGGCGGCGAUUCACGGACCGCACCACCCAUGGACCAAAGUCCCACCACACGCCGCUCGCGCACGCAGCCGAGGCUCGACCGACGCAACGCUGUCAAGCACAUUGACUAUGAGGCCUCGGCCUCGGCCUCGACCUCGACCUCGCCUGACUCUGGUUCUGGCCUCAGAACUAGGUCACUUGACCUCGAGCCUCGCUAUGGUGGAGAGAUGAGCUUUAGGGUUGUUGGGGGAGUUGAUGGUGAGCUUGAUAAGAUUUGUAGUCAUUUGGGGCUCUCGGGGCCGGAUGAUUUUUCAAUUCCUAGAGCUGCUUGGGAGGCGAGAAAGGCGAGGUCUUCAUCUGAUUUGUUUCCAAGGUCUCGACUUAGAGAGGAUUCUUCGGACGCUGUGGGGAGUCCGCGGGAUUCUAGCGUUUCUGAUCUUAAAGAGAGCGAUGGCACCGCUGGAGUUUCUAAUGAGUUUGUCUCUGAGCAGAGAUCUAGGGUUUCUGACGCUCUGGGUGUUGAUUCAGAUGCUAGUUUAAAUGAGUUGGUGAAUUAUAGUCUUAUCGGUCUUCCAGCUGAGAAUUCUACGGUUUCGGCCGCUCCGAAUGAGAAAUCUGGACUUCCUGGUUCCCCGGAUCUUAAUGACAAAUCUAGGGUUUUGAAUGGGAGAGCAAAUUCUAGGGUUUCUGGUGAUAAACCUAGGGUUUCUGGUUUGCACGAUGAAACCAGGAAGACUGGAAACCGUAAAUUUUUUUGGUUGGCAGAUUCGAUCAGGAACUCUAUGGUCUCGAGGAGUUCAGAAGUCAUUGAGAAUUCUGGGGUUUCAGGUGAUAAUCACGGGGUUUCAGGUCCACAAGAUGAGAUCAUGAGGACUGGAAAACCUAAAUCCCUUUCUCUUGAAGAUGGGAUUGUGAAUUCUAUGGUUUCAAGGAGUUUAGAAGUGAUCAAUAAUUCUAAGGGUUUGGUCGAGAAUUCUAGGGUUUCUGGUAUCAAAGGGAUUCGGCCUCCCAUGCUUGCUCGACCUCCUACUAUGUCUCUUCCUGUUGUGGUUGAUAACUUCUCUUCUACUUGGGAUAUAAUUAGGUCAUUAGCACCUGUAGAAGAGGAGGCUUCUCCCGCUGUAAGAGGAGGGGGUUGGGAGAGUGAAGAAGAUGUAAGGGAGGAGGAGAAAUUGGAAGAAGAGAGGUUUGGGGCUAGGGUUGGAGAGACUGAUCUCACUACUGCUUCAUGCUCAUUCUCGACAUCAAAUGAUGAUGAUUCUUCGAGCACUAGCACCACCACAGAGGGCAUGUAUGUCAUUUCUCCUCAUGGUAGGUUCAGGCGUGGGAUCAAAUCAUGGAUUCGAGGUGGGCUUCUUGGGAGUGGAUCCUUUGGGACUGUAUAUGAGGGCAUCAGUGAUGAUGGGUUCUUCUUCGCAGUCAAAGAGGUCUCUUUACUUGACCAAGGGAGCAAGGCCCAGCAAUGUAUCCUACAACUUGAGCAGGAAAUUGCUCUUCUAAGUCAGUUUGAACAUGACAAUAUUGUGCAAUAUUAUGGUACAGACAAGGAGGAGCAAAAAUUAUAUAUCUUCCUUGAACUUGCAACAAAAGGUUCUCUUCAAAAAUUAUAUGAAAACUACCAUUUGAGGGAUUCUCAAGUCUUGGUAUAUACGAGACAGAUUUUGAAUGGUCUCAAAUAUCUACAUGAUCGCCAUGUCAUGCACAGGGAUAUCAAGUGUGCCAAUAUUUUGGUGGAUGCAAAUGGGCAUGUGAAGCUUGCAGAUUUUGGGUUAGCAAAACAGACAUCCAAACUGAACGAGCUGAAAUCUUGCAAAGGAAGUGCAUAUUGGAUGGCCCCUGAGGUUGUUAAUCCUCGCAAGACUUACUCGUUUGCUGCUGAUAUAUGGAGCCUUGGUUGCACUGUUUUGGAGAUGUUAACUCGGCAGGUUCCAUAUUCUGAACUGGAAUGGACACAAGCAAUCUUCAAGAUUGGUAGGGGAGAGCCGCCCCCUAUUCCAAAUUCACUCUCAGUAGAUGCUCGGAAUUUCAUCCAGCAAUGUUUACAGGUUGACCCAGAGAAAAGACCAUCUGCUGCUGAGCUUUUGGAGCAUCCUUUUGUACAGAGGACAUUGUCACUUUCAGCAGGUUCUGGCACCUCGCGUGAUAAUAUGAUUGGUGACUUAAGAUCACAUAGAUCAGCAUGAUACUCUGAAUUAUGAAUUAUCCAGGUUUGAGUAGCACAGGUUGGCAGGAUGUUAUAAAAGUUAAUUCAGGCCAUAUGCGUCAUGAAUCCUGUGCCUAUGUGUGGGGAUAAUGGUAUUUAGAGGUGUUUCAGGUGAAUUUUGAGGAGUAAAACCCCUCUCGGAUUUGGACGGGGCAUCUGAAUACAAUAAAAAAAAAACCAUACAAUGAGACUAUUAAUCUUUGGGACAAGGUAGUCACAAUUAAUCUUGUUCAUUUGAUGUGAAAUUAGAUGAAUGCAUUUAUUCCAUUGAUCAAGCUUAAACUUCAAAAGAAAUUUUCUCGAACUUUGUGGCACACCCAUUGGGAUGGUUGUAAAUAAUUAUGAUCUCUUUGUAUCAAAAGUAAAUGGUUUUAUUGUAUACAAUUCCUUACAAUAAUUGUACAGAAGUUUUGGGAUUUUAGUA